AUCGAUAGUUAUUUUGACAAAACUUGUAAGCUAUACUUAAGCUCUCUGCAAAUCAAACUGUGCAACAAACAAGACUUGGAUUUCCAAUAUUCAAGUGCAGAACAUUCAUGCAAUAAGCGGCGUCUUAGGAAGAAAUACCUAAGGGGCUUUAAAGAACAAACAAAAUACAACGCAUCCGAUUUAGAGUCCAAUUGAAUUUCACAAUGGGCAAAGACUAUUAUAAUAUUCUGGGUAUCAAAAGGACGGCAAAUGAUCAUGAAAUCAAAAAAGGCUAUAAGCGAAUGGCGCUCAAGUACCAUCCCGAUAAAAAUGAUCAUCCACAGGCAGCCGAGCGUUUCCAGGAGGUUGCCGCUGCAUUCGAGGUGCUCUCAAACAAAGAAAAGCGCGAAGUCUACGACAAAUAUGGCGAAGAAGGGCUCAAAAACGGCACCGAGCAAGAGGAUUAUGCACAGCCAUCAUCGGACAUGCUGCCAUUUAUGUGUGCAGUCGGAGGCACUGUUUUGUUCGCUUUCGCGGCAUUCAAGACAUUUCAAUAUUUUACCAAGAAGAAGGAUUCCGGACGCGAAAGUGAUUCGUCUUCGGAGUGACGGACAUUAAUUGUUAUCGAAUUUAGGCGUCCAGCGACUCCAUGUUAACAAAUUGUUUGAAUUGUGAAUACAUUUUAUAUUUGACUUAUUAAAUUAUUAUUAUCAACAAUUAGAGUACUAGCUACAAUGUACACGAAUCGAUAUAUUUUAAUUGCUUAUCUUUUAUCAUUGGCAUUACUGCUGGCCUAUUGCUAAAAUAAAUCGGUGAAUUCCCAUAAUUUA